AUGAUAAUGUAACACGUCUUGAGAUGAAGCUUCCACACCUGCAUCCCCCCCUGAGCCUCAGUAAAUCUAUUAAUGGGUCUAAAGCCGAGGCUCGGAUUCAGACAGUUUAUCUAUUGUUAGAAGAUAUUUGACUCGUUCAUAUUUCACGAAUCCUGAUUUUUUAGCUGCGGAGGCUUGUGUUGUGUUGGUCAAAAUGCAAACCUUGCAUUGCCUCGUGUUUCUGGUUUGUUGUCACCACAUCUGGCCUUUUCUGGACGCUGAAACCGCUCAUUCUUUCCUCUCUCUGCCUUUUUUUUAUUGGAGUUUUCUCGCCCUUUAAAGUUGUCACACAUCUUUAUUAUAGCCUCACGUUGCCCCGGAUGAACUACAUCACAUUAUGUGGAAGAUACAUGGAAUGGAAAGAAAAAAAAAAUAGACCAAUUUCUUAAAGUAGUGCAUGAGGAGGUCUCUUUAACCCGGCUACACGCUCACAUCUCUGCUUGUUGCACAGCCGCUAAGACUAAUGAAACGUUUGUGCUGUCAUCAGAUCAACUCUCCAGCAGGUAAACAAGGUUUUGGUCUGAUCCAAGAGACGAGAGUCGUGUUAAUGAAUCUCUGACAGCGAAUUAUUCCUGCUUUAAAUGAGAGUUUUAAAGGGGAGAGAAUUGAUUUUGUAUCGAGCCCACAUUUCCAUAAACAAUAAAUUAUAUAAAAAAAAAGGAGUUUGCAUCAUGAAAUCAAGUCUAUUAUUUACAGAGCAAACACACUUUGUGUGUUUCUGUUGCGUAAUUGCGCACACUGGUGCCUUUUAUUUAUUUAUAUGUUUUCUUAAAAAACACAAAACAUUUUUGUUAAUUUGUGUUUAAAUUAAAUAACUAAAAAUAAUCUUAUUCUUUCAAACUGUUUAAUUCAAUCUGUCCCCGCCCUCUAGCCUAUCAAUGAUCACUGCCCCGCCCCAGACAAUACAUGUAUACCACACACGUACAGCCUUAUGUUAUUUAGGGACAAACCACACACCAGAUUAAAAACAAAUUAAACACCUUAAAUUUUUAAAAAAUGUAAUAAUCCACUUGCGUAAAACUCUAAAUUACGCGUAAAAAAUGGCCUCAAACGCAACAGCGAGUUUAUUUCUAUUUCUAAUCCGUUCCGUAAAACCCCCAAGAAGCUUUUAUUCUACUUUAGAUGUUAUUUGUUUAAUGAGAUUAAAUCAAUUAAUUUAAGAUCCUUUCAGUUUGUGCAGCUACCCCGUAUCCUCCUCUGCUUUAAAUGGGGGAGUAAAAGUAAUGAAAAUGUCAAUACCAUAAAGUGGUGGUCCUUCGCGCAGCCAGAAUCGUGAGUUUUUGAGGGAAGAGUGACAGCUCUUUGUUGGUGAAUAGGAAUCAGUGGCGAUGCGGGGAGAGAGAGAGAGAGAGAGAGAGAGGAGGAGAGAGGGAGAAAGAGAGAGGGAGAGAGGGAGAGGAACUCCUCCUACCAAAUUAUUCAGACUGGGCCGGCUUUGCUCUCUUCACAAAUAGGACACGGUUCUCAAAUCCAGGCAGUCCCAACCUGACCUCCGAGCACCGAGGAACCCCUGACUGGGAAAACCGGGAGAGAGAAAUCACCAAACGAGAAACAACAAAAAACUUUGUGUCAUUAUUUUUGGCGAGUGUUCACACUGUAAGCCCCCCUCCCCUCUUCCCUCCCCACCACCACCACCGCGCCACCACUUUCCACACCGGCUUUGUCGCAUCAUUUGGACUAUACAUUUUCUUUCCUUUUUUUUUUUUUUUUUUUUCUUUUUGUCUGGAGGAGAAAUAUUCACGGGAAGAAGGAAAAAGCUGAUGCACCACCAAAACUACUACAACAACAACCACCACCACUCCACCCGUCCCACCCAUGCUGUAGCCGUCUUCCUUUUUCUUUUCUUCCAGUUGCACUCUGCCGAGGAGCUGAGCUGAAUCUCUGGGGUUGUGUGGUCGUGUUGUGCGCCUCUCUUAGAGCCCCAGAGCCCGUUUGGAUGCGCUGAGAGAGCGGGGCGCAGCGCUGCGGUACAGUAUAUGGAAGUUGUGAGCUGCAAGACAGAGGCAGGCAGUUGCACGUUGCGUCCAGGACCGGGAGCCAUGCUUUUCCACGGGAUCUCCGGGGAUCACAUCCAAGGGAUCAUGGAGGAGAUGGAGAGAAGGUCGAAAACGGAGUCGCGCCUGGCGAAGGGCAUGCAGCUCAACGGGAGAGAGUCGGUAAGAGCCAAGACCAUGCCUUCUAUGAGCCCGGAGAAGCCCGCUCUGUGCGCCGGCUGUGGCGGCAAGAUUUCGGAUAGAUACUACCUCCUGGCCGUGGACAAACAGUGGCACCUGCGGUGCCUCAAAUGCUGUGAAUGUAAACUAGCGCUGGAGUCGGAGCUAACGUGUUUCGCCAAGGAUGGGAGUAUCUAUUGCAAGGAGGAUUACUACAGGUUCUCCGUGCAGAGGUGCGCGCGCUGCCACCUCGGGAUUUCGGCCUCGGAGAUGGUGAUGCGGGCGCGCGACUCCGUGUACCACCUGAGCUGCUUCACGUGCACCACUUGCAACAAGACCCUGACCACGGGAGACCACUUCGGCAUGAAGGACAGCCUGGUGUACUGCCGGCUCCACUUCGAGACGCUGGUGCAGGGACCGGACUACCACCCGCAGCUCAACUUCGCCGAGCUCGCGGCCAAGGGCGGCGGCCUCGCGCUGCCCUACUUCAACGGCACCGGCACGGCGCAGAAGGGGAGGCCGCGCAAGAGGAAAAGCCCGGCCAUGGGGAUAGACAUACCCAGCUACAACACAGGCUGUAACGAGAACGACACAGAUCACCUGGACCGGGACCAGCAGGCCUACCCUCCAACGCAGAAGACCAAACGCAUGCGGACCUCCUUCAAGCACCAUCAGCUGCGGACAAUGAAAUCCUACUUUGCCAUCAACCACAACCCGGAUGCCAAGGACUUAAAGCAGCUGGCCCAGAAAACGGGCCUCACUAAGAGAGUUCUACAGGUUUGGUUCCAAAACGCAAGAGCCAAAUUCAGAAGGAACGUUUUGCGACAGGAGAAUGGAGGUGUUGAUAAGGCUGAUGGCACCUCACUCCCUCCACCCUCAUCCGACAGUGGGGCCCUGACCCCCCCCUCCAGCGCGGCCACACUAACAGACCUGACAAACCCCUCUAUCACUGUAGUGACCUCCGUCACCUCUAGUUUGGACAGCCAUGAUUCGGGGAGCCCGUCGCAAACUACCUUGACAAACCUUUUCUAACAAGCUAUCUCUAGCAGACUGAUCUCUUUUUUUUUAUUAUUUUAUUUUAUCUGAUUUUAUUUGUUUUCUCUCUUAAUUUCCUUUUUAUUUUCCCCUUUUUUUCCUCGAUUUACAUUUUAUUUUUUUAAGUGACACCUUUAAAUCAACCAGAGACAGCUCCCUGGAACAGAAAAGCGCUGUACUGUGUACACAAACAAGAACAGCAAGAGCAACAACAGCAGCGACCACAUUAAAACGCGAGGAAAUCAUUUUAAUGUGUAGCAUCUGACACUGCGUGGCGUAUGCACAGAAAGAUUUUGGACUCUUUUUAUUUUAUUUUUUUUGGAAUUGAAGGCAUUAGAAAAAUUGUCAUGGAUUUCACGAUUGAUUGAGAGAGAGAGAGAGAGAGAGAAAAAAAAAGAACAAAACUUGAAGCUUGUCUGGAAAACUAGAUUAUUUUCACUUGAUUUGACUUUAUUUGUACAUUUGUAUUGAACUAUGAUUAAAAAAAAAAAAAAAGAAGAAACGAGCCCUUUCUAAUUUAUGGUUAAUUGGUAAAUUUUUAAAAUAAUCUGAAUAUUUUGCCCUCGGAAACCUGUCUAUGUAUGCACUGUGUUCGCACUAUCCAAUUUAAAGAUAUUAUUUUACUUUAUUUUGGUUUUUUUUUUGUUUCUUUUUUGGAAUAAUUUGGGAAAUAAACUUGUAGAAUGUUCUGUAUAUGGGUAACCCCAGAAAACAGGCUUUAAUUAUUUCCGAAUGUUUCCGGUCUCUAAGACCGAGUUGGGUGGAAUCAGGCGUUGAGAUAUUUCUCACAGAGCUACAUGUAAAACGUCUAAAUUACAUCGUCAGCGCCGAAAACCAUCGCAGCUUAUUUGGCGGAUAGAUGCUGAAGCUACACACACACACACACACACACACACAUGUCUUGAUUCACAACUCUACUGUGAUUAAGAGCAAGAAACAAAUCCCACAAUCUGUACAGUGGUAACUGUUGGACGCGUCAAUGCAGUCACAUUGAUAGAAGUAGUUUGAUUAAAUUCCGAUUGGAGAGCAGUUUAAUGGGCACUGAUUGUUUUUCAUGACGGAGCACUUUUGGUUUUUUUGUUUUUUUUUUUUGGCCUCACAGAUUAAACCGUAGUCAGAAUGGAUGGAGCCUAGCGAACGCAUCCAUGGAUCCACAGCUAAACUCAGUUGCACAGUGACAAUAUACUGCCCAGUGAAAAGUGCAUUAUAGUUUUUAUCAUGUUGCUCAGGGUAACGAUGUGAUUUUAAAAAGGGAAGGAAAAGAUAACAAAAAAAAAAAUUAAGAAAGGAAGAAGAGCAGGGGUGAGGAGCUGAGUGGUCGUUUCGGGGACUAGAUUCGUAGAGCUGACAUGACAACAUUUAAAAUGACCUCAGAUAGGUGGAGUCGUAAAGAGGCAGCCAGUGGGAAAUCAUCGUCCAUGUGUUCUCCUUUUUCGGCCAUAUUUAUACUUUCUUUAAUGACACUUGCCACUGAACAGACCAAAAACAUGUUUCUUCUGGCUGAAAAGAUAAGAGGGAGAAAAGAAAGGAGGAAAAGACAGAAAGGAAAAUCUUCAAUGGAGUUGCUACAUUUCAUUGUGAGCGUCACAGAUUUGUUCUGUUGCGGAACAAAGUGGUACUCUCGGUCUACUCAAUGGAGUAGAUGCCUAACUCAGUUCUACUAUGUGCCUUAUGCUAUAACCUGGGAGAAAGUUUGUGAAAUUCAGGAUAUAUGUGUUCUUUGUUAACUGAUUCACAUCCUUUUUGGCGCCUCACUAGUUUUGUACUGUUUUUGCAUCUUAUUUCCGAAGAUCUUUUUAUGGUGUAUCCUGUUAAAAAAAAAAAAGAAAAAAAAAGAAAAAAAAGGGGGCAGCGAUGUCAUAGAAAGCAUUUGUGCACUCUUUCAGAUAUAGUUGGGUAAUCCAAGAACCUUAUAUAUUGAUCUUCGUGUUAAUAGUUGAGUACAGUAAGUGUUCUAUCAAGAUUGUCCAUGUUUCCCUGUUUCUUGAUAAAGAUGGUGUAUAGAAACUAUUUCCCCUUAAAUAUUUAUGGACCAAACGGUUGUUAUAUAUCUUAUUAAAUUUGUGUGAAUAAAACUACUUUGCUUUAAA